UCAGACCCAGUCAAUACGCAAUUACGAUACAAGUCCUUAAAUUCAUCACCAUAUCCCUCUCAAUCAUCAACCACAACAAAACAUGAACACACGUACCGUAAAACUACUGAUCAUAUGGUCUUCUUUUAUUUCCACCUAUUUAGUCAAUAACAAAACCACCUUAGCUCGAUAUUUCUGUGAAAACGCGUAUAACUAUACCCGAAACAGCACAUACCAAAGAAAUCUUGACAGCGCCCUCUCCGCGCUCCCAAGCACCAAUUCUGGUUUCGGUUUCUUUAAUUUCUCCAUUGGUCAAGGAAACGAUAGAGUAAACUCGGCCGCCCUGUGUCGAGGCGACUUCAAUUCAACUGUGUGUCGAAGUUGCGUCAAUGACUCGAUUAUUAAUCUACCAAGGAGUUGUCCUAACCAAAAGGAAGCAAUAGGGUACUACGACAACUGUUUUUUGUAUUACUCCAACCAAAGUAUAUUGCAACAAACUGGAUUAAAAUUUAGUCUGAUUUUGUUUAAUACUCAAGAUACUAGUGAUGUUAAUCAGUUCAAUAGGGCUCUUAGACCAUUACUAGCUGACUUGAGAACGAAGGCUGCAGCUGGUGAUUCGCUAAUAAAAUUUGCCACUGCAAACACGAGUGGACCGGGUUUUUCGACUAUAUAUGGGCUUGUUCAGUGUAUUCCAAACUUGUCGGAAUCGGAAUGCAAUGAUUGCUUAGAGGGUUUAAUCAAUGAGAUACCGAAUUAUAUGAAUGGGAAAGUUGGAGGUUUGAUUAAUUUACCUAGGUGUAAUUAUAGGUAUGAGAUAUAUAGAUUUUUUAAUGAGUCGGCUGGUAUAAUCAGCCCAUCACCACCACCGGUUUUACAGCCAUCUCCGCCGGUUCAAUUACCGUCGUCACCACCAGGGAAAAAAAACGAUACAACACGGGUGGUCAUAAUCAUAGUGACUAUUGUGGUAGUCACGACUGUCAUGAUAAUUGCUUUACUCUGUAUUUUUAUUAGAUUGAGGAGGAAAAAGAAGCCUAUUCCUCGGCCUCUACCCAAUGAAACUGUUCAUAGCGAAAGUAUGGAGAUUGGCUCUGCUGAAUCUUUACAGUAUGACUUUAGUACAAUUAAAGAAGCAACAAAUGAUUUUUCAGAAGAAAAUAAGCUUGGACGAGGUGGAUUUGGAGCAGUUUACAGGGGUACGCUAACAAAUGGACAAGAGAUAGCAGUAAAGAGACUAGCAAAGGAUUCUGGUCAAGGUGACGGAGAAUUUAAGAAUGAGGUUCUGCUAGUUGCGAAGCUUCAACAUCGUAAUUUGGUUAGGCUGCUUGGUUUCAGCAUAGAAGGAAGGGAACGACUUCUCGUUUACGAGUUCUUACCAAAUGCUAGUCUUGAUCACUUUAUAUUUGAUCCAACUAAACGUACGCUUCUUGGUUGGGAAAAACGAUACAACAUCAUUAAAGGGAUUGCGAAGGGGCUAUUAUACCUUCAUGAAGAUUCCCGUUUAAGGAUAAUUCAUCGUGAUAUGAAAGCUAGUAACGUUUUGCUAGAUGUCGAAAUGAACCCUAAAAUUGCAGACUUUGGCAUGGCACGAUUAUUUAAACCAGAGGAAACUCAAGGUGACACGAGUCGGAUAGUUGGAACCUACGGCUAUAUGGCACCAGAAUAUGCCAUGCAUGGCCAAUUCUCAGUAAAAUCAGAUGUGUUUAGCUUUGGAGUGUUACUGCUAGAGAUGGUAACCGGUCAGAAAAACCAAUGUUUUCGGAAUGGAGAGAGCAUUAUUGAACACCUUCUUAGCUUUGCGUGGAAAAGUUGGAAGAAUGGGACCGCAUCAGAGAUGAUCGAUCCCACAUUGACUACUGGAUCAGGAUCAUUGCGUGACAUCGUUAGAAGUAUUCACAUUGGGUUGUUAUGCGUUCAAGAAAAUGUUAGUAACAGGCCAACUAUGGCUUCCAUUGUUCUAAUGCUUAAUAGUUUCUCUAUCACACUUCCGAUGCCAGCCGAACCUGCUUUUUUCAUGGAUAGUAACAUUGAUCCCGAAAUGCCACUCCUCCUAGAAUAUAGUUCUUCAACAGAGAGCAGUGGUUUACAAAAAUCCAAAAUUUCAAAAUCAAGAUCAAGGUCAUCUCAAUUCUCCGUAAAUGAUGUUUCAAUAUCCGAUUUUGUUCCUAGAUAAGUAUUGUGCAUGACAUAUGUUGUGGUAUACUCCAACCUUUUAGUAUCCGUUAAAAACUUGGAUUUAAUUUUACAACAUAAUGUUGCUUGUUUGGAAUUAAGAUACACAUUUGGAUGUACACAUUGUAUCCUAAUUGUAUGUUUCAU